GGUAUGGAAUGAAUUACUAGGCUAUGAUUCGAUUGAGAUAGGUGGAGGUAGGGUGAGAAGGUACAUGUCCGCUCAGAUCUUCACCAGUCCCACCGCCCACCUAGGGUUUCUAACUUCCCUUAACGCCGCCACCCCCAUCGCCUUCCUUUGUCAUCGCCUCCUCGCGAUCUUCGCGCCUCCUUUUGUCGUCGCCCUCCUUCGCCGGGUUUCUUCGAUCGUCAUCUUCUUCUCCUCUGCGAACUUCUGGGAUCCUGCAUCUUCCGUUUAUUAGGCUAUGCUUCGAUUGAGAUAGGUGGAGGUAGGGUAAGGUAGGUAAAAUAUUCUGUUUCCGUGUUCCCAUUCUCCCCUUCUUCGAUUUUCUUUUCCGUUCUUGCGCAGCCAUCCCCAUCCCCAUCCUCCGGCGAUUCUUCUUUCCUCCGGCGAGGAUCCUUCUCUCCCACGGCGGAUUUCAGUGAUUGCCUGGAAUCUUGGGAAUAUAAAUACUCUGAUGUCAUGUGCUUAACCUUGAGAAUGCCUCAUGUGCUUGGCCUGGAACACCUCUACACUAUGAAUGGAUGAUACAUUUGUAAGUACCUGGUCCUGUUUCUGCAUCUGAUACGCUUAAGGACGACGAAGAAAACCAAAUUUAUUCAUCAUGCCUCAUAACUGAAUUGCUGGACAAGUUUAUGCUUCAUAAUCUUGGAAUUUUCGGGACAACUGAAUUGCUGCUGAUGGGAAUUGAUCCUCUUGGUCACUAAUUUAGCUCCCUCAAUCUUGGGAUGCUUGACCCUUGUAUCUGUUUGGAUCUUAUUUCUUUGUAAUGUCUUUGUUGUGAAUUUGUUUGUUUGUAAUACUUUGUGUGGUUCUAGGCUUUUAUUUUCUUUAUAUGCAUGUAACCAUUAUCAUGGUUAAGCAUUUAACAUUGAUGUAUUUGUAUGAUUUGGGUAAUAAUAAUAAUUUACAUGUUACCCU